GAUUCGUCGUCCAAGUAUUUAAAGCAUUUUUACCUUUAAUAUUUGUUUUGAGAAGGCUGUCGGGCGUCUCACAGUUUACCUUCAACAACAACCUUAACUGGCUAGCUAGCGCAUUAUUUACUAAAACGUUAAAUGGACAAAAUUAUAACUUGCAAGCAAGCUAGCUGUAAAGUUUGAGCCAAUAUUAACUUUAGAUUCUGAGAAGGGUACCUACCAAUUAUCUUAUGGAAUGCAACCAAACUAAUUGCAGCACUUCAGAUUCUGGUUGCUACCAAGCUAGCGAACUCAGCUAGCUUGAUUGGCAGUCUCGGUAAAGACAGUCGUUACCAUACAAAAACUGGUUAACCUAACCUAGCCGCCAGCUCGCAGGUGUUUCAGGAAACCUUGCAUUUGGCUUUCACAUUUGUGUCGGUUCAAUCGAAUGUUUACUGACUACUUACAAAGGCGACUAAGUUAUGUAACGUAUAUGCAAACAGCCUAGCUAUAUUGCAGCUGAAUUAACUUGGCGAAUACUACGUUAGCAUCUAAUCGAACGAUGUCUUGUGGCCAGAUACAGUUCUAAUAUUUUCAGUAUUGCUUGGGUUACUUGGCUAACGUUAGCUAGUCUACUGUUACCGGAAAAGCGACGUUUAGCCGUGUGCAUGUGCUGAGGUUUUGAAGCUAAAUUCUGAAUCUAAUUCAACUAACCAGCUGGGUAACUUUGACAAAAUAAUAAAAGACGUUGGAAUGCAUGUGCCGUAACUAGCUGGCUAAGUUGGGUAGCUAGCUAUGUAUUAACAGCAUACUCGACUGUCACUGCAAACGAUGUUACUGAAAGUAUAAUAAUGCGAUUGAUUUUGAAAGUAGAGGCAAGCUCUCAUGAUGGUACUGUAGCUUGUGCUGAUAGCAUAGAACUAGAAUUAGUCUUAAACUGUCUCCCACUUGGCUUUGUUUUCCCUGAAACUUCACAUUUGCCCUCAGUAGUUGCACCUGUCAUGCAAUGGGUGGAGCAGUAAGACCAGUUCAGGUUCCCAGCACUUACGUCAUAGUGUUUGAACCCCAGUUUAAUGACAGGUUCUGUGACUGCCCUUCCCUGCCGGCAGAGCCUGUCCAGAAUCUGUGCUGACCUCCCUCGGUUCACACAAGCCAGCCUCCAGUAUCUACCGGUGGGGUUUUAGCUUGCGGUCUCUGAAACCCAUCUCCCUCAUGGCUGGAGACAGAUAUUAACCAAAAUCCCCUGAGAGGCAAUGUCUGGAAAAGGAGGGGGAAAAUGCUUACCUGUCGCAUCAUCUAAACAUCAAGGUCAUUCUGUGCCCUUUAUUAGACUGGUAUGCUAAGUACCUUGCUCGUUUUGAAUAUGAAACAGCCAGACGCGAAGUGUAUAGGAAUUAAUUUUUUAUGGCUAUUACUUUUUUUUUUUUUUUGGUUGUUUGGUUAAUGAACUCCUUUUGGUUGUAUCAGCUAAUGAAGGAGGUUGACGUGUGCAAAUCCUCUGCAUAUGUUGAAGGUACACUAAACCUACCGUUAUUUGUUAGGUGCAAUUGACUUAGCCUAGGUCAUUUGCGGAAGUUCUUCCCUUGAGAAUGCAUUGAACUUAAGUUGCACUGAACAUGAGGUUAAAGGCUUUGUGUCAGGGAUCCAGGAUGAGUUUCUUUCACCCUUGGGAGUUCCCCUAGGUCUGGACUGCUCGACUUCAAUUUUCCAAUUAGAGUCAGUUUGCAACGAAAUGGCAUGGCGCAGUCAAGGAAAAGCCGGAUUGAUUAGUGCGCAAAUUAACGCAAGAAAGAGAUCAUUCUCCCACUGUAAGCUAAUUUGCUUGCCUGCAUCUCUUUAAUAAGUCUCCCCAACUAACUUUUUCUAAACGGGAAGACUUCUGCCACAGUAAAUCCUCCAGAUUCAAUAAACGUAAUUACAAUAAAUUCAGUAAACAUUUAGAUUGAACGCAAUAACUGUGUCAUUUACUCUACAAAAAUGCUUUGAGCAUAAUUUAAUAAAACGGCUAGGCAACCUCAGCAUAGCCACUAAUCUCCCUACCAGUCCUGUGCUCACAUUAAGGGGAAAGCUUCUUUGGACAGGAAGAGGCAAUAAUAGAUCUACAUUUACUAGAUUUCCGGGAAAAUGUAUGCGAUUGCUCUGGCUUGUUACUGGGUGACUUCACUGGAUGGAUUCUAAUUGCCUGUAGUCAGUGGGCUCACUUGUCAUCUGAUAAUGGCGGGCUUAGAGAGCCCCUUGAAAUAGCGUCAUGCAGAACAGCCGCUGUUACACGGCUGCUUUAGAAAGCAGCCCAUGACCAAACGGAAUGAAACGCACUCUUUCGCUCCAUACGGGGGCUGGGAAAAUGACCUCCCUGUUCUGCCGUAUGACGGAAUGUUUUGAGUCCCUUUUUCCUGGCUAUGUUAAUACAUUGGCCACACCUUUUCAGACAAUUGAAUGUGGCCUAAUGUAAGCAACGUUUUUGUCGCGGCUGAGUGUCUUCACGUAGAUAUUGUUAGGAAAGGGGAAUCAGCUCGCAUGCCUCACCUUUUUCAUUCUUCUGCAACAGAGGCCGUCCAAGAUGCCAGAGGUGCGGGAGUUGAACGAAGCCCUCCCCGAGCUGCCCAUGGACCCCAUCACAGGAGUAGGGGUGGUGGCAUCUCGAAACAGGGCGCCGACCGGCUAUGAAGUGGUUUCACAAACAACAGAUGGCGUCGACGCCGACCUGUGGAAGGACGGUUUAUUCAAAUCCAAGGUCACGCGCUAUCUCUGCUUCACCAGAGCCUUCGCUAAAGAAAAUAGCCAUUUAGGAAACGUGCUGGUGGACAUGAGGCUCAUCGACAUGAAGGACACCCUGCCCGUGGGCUUCAUCCCCAUCCACGAAACGGUGGACACGCAGGAGCCCGCGUUCAGGAAGAGGAGGCUCUGCAUAAAGUUCAUCCCGCGGGACUCCACCGAGGCGGCCAUCUGCGACGUCCGAAUCAUGGCGAGGUCCAAGCAGGCCCCGCCGCAGUACACCUUCAUAGGUGAGAUGAACAGCAUGGGGAUCUGGUACAGGAUGGGAAGAGUCCCGCAGCUGGAAGAGCCCUCGCUGAAUCAGACCGUCCCCGAAUCGGACACCGCCACACCGGGCGGUCACGUCACCACCACGCCUACGCGCACGCCUGCCCUGCCCAAGAACAUAUCCAUGACUCUGCCCGCCAGCUUCAGCCGAAAGAACAGCACCAGGCCCGACUUCGAGCACCAGAACUCCAACCUCUACGCCAUCUCGGCCAUGGACGGAGUGCCGUUCACCAUCUCUGAAAAAUUCGCCUGGGCGUCCGCCAACAUGGACCAAGUGGAUUUAAUGGGCAUCACGAUCAAGUCGCUGGCGGAGAUCGAGAAGGAAUACGAGUACAGCUUCCGCACGGAGCACAGCGCCGCCGCCCGCCUGCCCCCCAGCCCCACCAGGAGCCCGCCGAGCUCCGAGUCCUGAGGUCACGGCGGUCAGCGGGUCGGGGGCGGCGGAGGGGCGCUGGGAAAUGAAGUCUUACUACUGAGGAGGGGCCGCCUCCGCCGCUCGCACAACCCCCUCGGCAUACAUACCCACAAUCCACCACUGACCGUCUCCAGGGCACUCCCGCGCAGUUUAACUCCGUACUUACCUCGUAGGAACAAACAAAAAAGAACUCUCACUGCAACCUUCAGAUUGUUCAUGGUUGGUGUUUCUUUUCAUUUUUUUUUUAUUGGUCACUGAAAGAAAGGUUUUAACCAUCUGUGUGGUUUAUCUCGGAAGAGCGGAGAGAAUGAAGAGAAAAAGAGGGAAUGCAAAAAAGAGAGGGAGUGCAUCUCUUCUAGAGGAAUGAGCGUGAGGUAGACGCAACCAAACCAGUCUUGCGGGAACGUAGGCUGCGGUUGCAGCUAACAGUCUUUUUUUUGCUGUUGUUUUAAAUGAUGUUUCAUCUUCGUUAUCUUCCGGGUUUUUGGAAUGUCCUAUCGCUUAUACCUGAUGUGACUGAACACUGUGCCUCCCGCACCCAACACGGGAAGCGCCGUGUUGGACGCACGCCCUCCUCUGAUGCCCUUUCCGCACCGGUCCCCGCUUAUCAGCCCCCCCUCCGCGCCAUCGGGGUCUUCAGGAGACGCGCGUCACCCGCCGACGUCACUCAAACACCCGGAAGCUUCCGUGGAGCCACUGGAAACCACCACCACAGCAGUGACCUGGUGGAGCCCUGGACUGCAUACGCAGAGCUCACCGCUGCACACGCUCACACUGUCCGAUAAUGACAGAUCCUGCUCUGGAACUAGCGCUGUGUGGGCUAGAGGGCUCAGGCCUACACUUUCAAGUGCGUGUCUGCCAACCUGGCCGUUUGCAAGCUACAGUGCCAUGUCGUAUUAGUGAUUAGGUGAAACCACUCCAGCGCCAGUAACGAUCGGCUUUUCGGCAAUCGGCGGACACGCCUGACGCCCGUCCAGAUUUUGUGCUUAGCCAGGUCGAUCUCCGCUCGGUGGCCGUGGAAACGAAUCGCCGGUAUGCGACGCCGCCGACCCGCCCUUUCCCGCGCGCGGUAAGGAGUCCCUCAGAGAGGACGUGCGCUGCCAGCCUGCAGGGCUCCUGACCGGCUUUGUGUGAAGAGCGCCUCGGAGGGUGCAGUCCAUCCUCACACAGACACGUCGCACGCAAACUCUGGCAGAAACUAUAUUUUCCCCCCCUCUGAUGCCAUCAGUGAAGUCCAGCGUUGUUUAGGUGUGUCACUGUACCGCGGUCAUGUGAAGCUCACAGUUUAGCCUUCUGUAAAGCGCUUGCAUGCAGCCUUUUUUUGGGGGAGCAUGCAAGUCGGAGUAUGGCUAACCAAAACCACUGUUACACGGAAACGGGGCUCUCUCUCUCUCUUCGCCAGAUAUUGGGGAGCGUUAUUUGUUUACACAAAUUGUCCAAGACACAUUUAUUUUGCAUGCUAGUUCGGGAAUCAGGAAUACUUUGUAGCUUUGAGAAUGUGGGUAUUACUGUAUUUAUUUGUAUUUUUUUUGCUAUGCGCUGUUAUUUUGUUGUUUUUUUUUUUUUUUAAACAUCACUUGGACUCUCUUUCCGUUUCACACGUUAGCGCCAUUUUGGCUCAGACUGGUCCGCCUGCUUUCGCCCCGGUAAAGGGGAACUGCCUGACCAGGGCCACGGCUGGAGCAGGCACACCAGCUAGCGUAGCAUCUGCCACUCAACACAGUGUCUGAAGUCGGCUCCCCACCGUUACCUGCUGAAUGUCUCGAGGCAGGCAUCUGAUUUUAUUUCAUUGUUUUUAUUGUUUUCUUUGGAGUCAUUAGAGGGGCUUACUCAGUCCCCAGUUUUCACCCCCCUUGGGCACGUAUCCCCCCUUCCCGAAGAGAUCGCUAAAUUUCACUCUCUUGACUAAAUCCGAUGCCAGGGCUUUGGAAGAUUGGAGAAGGAUGCUGCCCGCUGGCUUGUAUAGCACAGAUGCGCCAAUCGUUAUUGUCUCCAUGACGCUCUGAGUCCAGAGGGUGGGAGAAUGCUCAACGGAUGAACUAGAACUCAACUAGAAUCAGAAGUGUCUUAGGUCUCGGGCACCGAGCAUGCGGGUCCUAAGAGUUUUGGAUCCUUUUGCUUUCAUCUUUGCCGUAAGGGUAUUUAUUUUAUUUAUUAUUUUGCAGAAACCCCCUCCUAGAGAAAAUAAGUGCCAAGUUAAGUCCCAGCAUACAGUACACCAUGUACAGGUAAGAGUAUACCUGUUGGAACAAAGUUAUGAAAAAAGUGUGUUAAUCCGUGAAACAAAAAAAAUGAAUUUCUAGAGACCAGGUGUAGGCGUUUAGAAGUCCAAAUCUGUGGUGUUGGUUUAUCUGCGGCUGUAUGUUAGUACAACAUAUAGCAUCAUCUGAAAUGUCAGUGAGUAAUUGAGUUAUGUAACUCAAGUGUGUGUGUGUGUGUGCGUGCGUGUAUGUGCGCAUGCAUGAGAGAGAGAGAGAGAACAAACACACAUUAGCACGAGGUGCCAUGUGUACUUGCAGUUUGUGUUAGCCAAAAGAAACAAACAAAAAAAAAAAGAAAUCAACAAAGCUAUACAUUUGCUGCCCAUGGAUGAAUAACCAUUAUCUUAUUAAAACUGGUUUUUAAUUGAUCAUUUGGUCCCACUGCAGAAUGAACACCACUGCAAUGUGUUAUCUUUAUAGUUGCCAAAGCUAUGUAUUUUGGGUAGGUUAACUUCAAGUAGACCCUUGCCUGAUCUAUUCUUGACUUUGUUUUUAUGAAAUUUUGUAUGCAUUUUGAAUAUUUCCUCUUCCUUUACCAGCCCCCCCCCACAAAGUUAGUCACAAAUAGAUUCAGUACACUUAUCGUGUACUUAGGGACACUGCCAUUUUAUGAAUACAUUUUUUUAAAUGUAAACAGUGCAUUCUGACCUCACUUCUCUGAGAGAACGCUCAUUUUCCAGCCUUUGUGACCUCUGGUUCAUCCUGAAGAAUUCCGAAGCACUACCGUUGAUUACCCAUGAUGGACAGAUACAUAGGACAGUAGUUGGACAGUGAUCUUUUAAAUUCACUUUUCUUUUUGAAACGUGUGGCCUACAGUAUGCUUAGUGUUAAAAAUGCUGUCAAGUGGAGUGUUUUCUGAUUUUUGUGGAAUCUUUAGCAAUCUUAAACUUUAAAGGAAAAAUGAGCGGUAAGGAACUGUGACGUUUGAGCCUCACUGUCGUUUGUGUUAUGCUGGCUUGGAUUCUGGCCUAAUUCAGUCAAUCCACAAUGCGCUUUGUCCUUAACUUUAAUUUCAGGGACUUCAAAACUCGGACUGUUUCCAUAUCUUAGAGACUGUUUAUAAUGCAGUGCUUACUUGGCUGUGAAGUUAAGGGCCUAGCGCCUUGCAGAUAGAUUGAAUCCAGGUCUCAAUUCAACAGAUCAGUUUCUCUGUUCAUCUUUAUUUGUGAUGUCAUUUCCUUUAGGUUUCUUUUUAUGCUGCUAUUUAAAAAAAUCAGUUUUCUUAAGGUGUGUGUUUAUGGACUAUUUCUGAAAUAUAGUGUUAUUAUAAAUAUCACACAGGCUCUUUCUACAGUUCUCCUUGCUGCUAAGCUUGUUGUUUUUCUUUGAGGGUUUUUCAUUGCUUGAACGUACUUUGCAUACGUUUGGAUUGUGAGGGUGUAAGUACAGUAACUCCUCUUAAGAGUAACAGAGGUAUCAUCGAAAGUAUUUUUUAAGAAGAGGAAUUCACUGCACGUGUAGGUGAUUUCAGUGUACAGAACUGCAUGUUUGAUUGUAUGUCUGUAAUGUACUUCAAGGCAGGGGGUAGCCUUUCAUUGCCCUUAAUGCCAGCAUGUCAAUCACUCUGAGAUUUGUGGCGUGUGAGAGUUCUGGAGAAUUUCUGUGCUCCCCGUCUCUGACUGGGACUAUAUUAUGUCAGGGGGGGAGAGUCGGUAAAUAAAUACAUAUAUAAAAUGGGGGAAAAAAGCAAAAAAAGACACAACCUCAGAUUCAGUGUUGUAGUGCAACGGGUCAAUCGGUCUGUUUUGAACUGUCUUUAUUGCCACGUGUUUGUAUGUAUAUGUAUUCUACCUUUAAUCUGCGGUGCUCUGCUCUCAACUUGUUUUUGGGCCUAGGCGAUGGAAUCACGAAUUAUAUCUGCUCCUUGUUUUGUUUCUGAAGUUUUAUUGUAUUUAUUUAUUUAUUAGAGUUUCUUUCUUUGUGGGGGGCAGGGCUAUUAGUCUUUUAACCAGACGACAGUGUUUGAGCAGUCUGUGAGUGUCGCAGCGGUAAUUUUAGCAGGAACAGAAGAAAGGAGAGAAAAAGCCCUCUGUGUUUUAACUGUUUUAACCACAGGAAGAAUUCUGCCGUAGUGCCUUCCAGUGGGAAACGCGGCACACGCGCAUGCUCGCGUAGCUGCCGAGGUAAUGCAAAGCAUUUUUAUAUGGAAUCUGAAAAGCGAAAGGGAAAAUGGCUGUCAUCCUCUUUGCAUUUUUUCACCCCCCCCCCCUUUUUUUCCAGUCUUUUUUUUUUUUACUGAAAUGGGAAGCUUUACCUUCAUGUUGAAGUCUGAAGCUGGAUUCAAGAGGGGUUUUGAUCAAAGUCAGUUUGUCGGUGGCAUCAAUCUCUUUUAAUUUGGGUCAGUUUUCAAUUUUCUUUUUCUGUCUUUUUUUCAUGCUCCAACUCUCUCGGCAAAACCUUUUCCUUGUCCAAACCACUUGGACCUGGUCUUCAGAGAGGAAGAGGGCUUUGAGUGGAGGGCAAUGGCAUGGAGAAGAUAGUAUGAAUAGCUCUGUGUUGCUGAAUUCUUCAUAGAGGACCUGUGGCGUCCAGGUUUCAUAUUUAACUUAUGUUGUAGGAGUUGAGGGGGAGGUUUAAUUGUUUGAUUGCAUGAUUUUAAAAGUGUUUUGCUGACAAGUAGCCUAGUAUCAGUCUAUGUGGGGUUAUGUUUGACAGCUAGAUUUGUUGCCACUAAAUAUGUAAUUUCUAGUGAUCAUGUUUACUCUACAUGACUGUGGUCUUGUUCCUUGCAGUGAUAUAUAGUAUAUAUAAAGUAAUUAUAAUGUUAGCUGCUGUUAAUUUCCAUUCACUUAUUGAUUUAAAUGAACCAUCAAUCAUAUUUCUCAAAAGAUAAUUACAGCUUCCCCUACAACAGUGCCUUGGGCAUCAGCCAUUGUACACUGCGCUUAAGAGAAACAAGGCUAAAGUGAAAAUAAGGUGCCACAGAACGAUCAAAUCAAUUUAGAAAAUUUAGAGUAUCUUCCCCUAGCGCACGAGGCAGCCGAUUGUGUCCGUCGUCACGGCAACUCCCGCCACUGGCCCGCCUCCAUAAGUUGGGGAAAGGGGAUGUAGGCGGGACAAAGGGCGUAGGGCAGUCUCUCGCCAGGCCACAAGCGCGCACACCUGUCGCUGGUGCCCUUGAAUCAGUACAGGGGCGUUUCCACCUCAAAAAAGCCUCUGUUCCCAUUACAGGCCCGCGAGACAAAAUGGUGGCAGAGUACCCGGCCUUUCGCUUCUGAACAAGAACGAGAAUGACAAACAUACGAGUGUUACGUUUGCGCUGUUCUGCCGAACUACACAUUGUAAACCUUUUCAGCGUUAUAAUGUGAAGUUUUUUGGAAUUUGGAUUUUUUUUUUUGUAACAUUUUUUCUAUUUAUUUUAAAGUUUGUCGUUUUUUUU